AUUCCCAAAUCAUCAUCUCUUCCGCUCAACAUCCCCCCUUCCACCGCUCUCCCUCUCUCUCACUCUCAAGUAACAUCAUCUUUUGUCUUCUUCUCUUUUCAGCCAAGUCUGAAUCGAAAAGCCGCAGAAUGUCAUCUUUUCACUCCACAGCAAACCAUAGCUUUUAAGGGCGGAGGCUUAACAUCGAGACAUCAGAUCCAUUGAUCUUGGUCGCAGAGUACGCUUCUCGUGGUAUUGUGCGACAUCGCCCUGUUAAGAGGACACUUUUAUGAGCAUAUUCUUUGCAUCAUUUCAAAGCUCCUCCAUCUCUGCAGUUCUAUUAAUAACGCUGCUUGGUAUGAAUACAGAGAAAUACCUUCAAAAUCAGAUAUCAGCGGAUACAGGAAUUAUCAGAAUUAUCAGAUCAAGCUGGCUCUGAACAACCCUUCUCCGUUUGGUCACGAGUAUCGCACAAAGUCCAGUUUUUUAUCUUGUCAAGUUUCUCAAGUUCUUUCACUCUUACUAUUCCCAUACGUUAGAGUUGGCUUACAAGUGUCGAAUGGUCGAACCAGUUGUUUGUCGGUUUUGCUACUGUGGACCAUCUUAAUACUUGACGAACUUUGCGACGUCGGUAUCAAAUCGAAUUAUUCUUGACAGACAUUUCCUUAAGACAACAUUUGGGUCAUUGUAUUUCCCCGAAAGACUUGUCUUUACGCGAAUUUAUAACUGAAGUUUGAUUGCAUUUUCAAAACUAAAUAUUAUUCAACAGCAUCAAGAUUUACAACCAUUCAAUAUAAACAUAUUCAUCCUCACAACGUAGUACUUCAAAAACGGUAGCUUUGUGUAAUUUGAAGUAGCUUUGUGUAACUUGAAAGCUAAACAUUAUUUAACAUCAUCAGGAACUUCAACCACUUCUUCCAUACCCUGCGCCGACACAUAUUAUUCUUUGAAACCAUCUAUUUUUCAACCGAAUACCGGCAUUUCACCAACCAUGUCGAUCAUACCCGAUGUCUUAAAAUGGCGCCAGCAGAGAUUCAUUGUGACUCCCAAGGACACGGAGUACACACUACGGUACCUGGGGAGCAUGCGAACCCUGAGAUCCCGGGGAGAAUCCUGCUGCGAUUACCCCAUUAAGAAGAUCUGGAAACAUACGGAAGGAGGCGAGAGAUACGUCAAGGCCAAAAUGUACUUGGGAACGAAAGGGAUGCGACUUGUGCGAGCAGGAGGUGUGUCCAGUAACGGCGAGAGGAAAGGGGACAGGGAACAAUUCUUUCAUCUUCAUCGGAUCAACUGUUGCCGAACGAACGAUCAGCACCCGACGGUGUUUGCUUGGAUAUACCGCCAUGAGCUCCCGAGGUUACAGGUUUCCUUAAGAGUCCACGUAGCAGCUUGCCACAAAGACGACCAAGCCCAUGAGAUAGCCAAUACCAUCACGGAUAUGUAUCAGACGGCCUUCGACCUGUUCAAACGCGAGAAAGCCAUCAACAAACAGAAACUCGAGCAGCGUUCCUCCAUGUCCAUCCCCAGUAGCCCCAGCUCACUGAGCGUCAUCGAGAGGAGCUGGAGCGAAGACAGCGAGGACGGCGACGACUCCGACGAGGAGGAUACGAUUUCGAUGACCGAGGCUCUGCCCCCGACGCCGCUGCGACGGAUCAUCAACGCGCGUUGUUCGUUCAAGCCGCCGUUGGCGCAUCGCCUGAGCCUGCAGACCCAGAUGCUGGUCAUUCGGGAGAGCCGCUACGAGGGCAAGAAGAACCCCAAGGUGAGGUACAGCUUCGAUAAGGUCGGGAUCCUCGACAGUCCGACCCUGAAACGGGAGGAGGAAAAGUUUGAGGAUUUCCAGCCGGCAGAUUUAGAGCUCUGAUGAGAUUUCAAAUUAGCCAUCUCGAAAGAAACAUUUUCUACGAUGUUCUAAUUACAGGAUUCGAAUUCCCGGGAAAAACUGUUCGUACUGUAGGUGAAUAUGUUGAAGUGUUUUUAUUUUUUUUGUAUGACGAAUGUUUCUAUAAAACGUUAAUAUUAACGAAUGGACAAACUCCGCAUGCGUCAACUCUUGAGAUUUCGUCUGUCGCCCGGUUCUUGUUACUGUUUGGGGGCGAAUCGGCAUUGUGCUAAAAUGACGAUAACACACCAACAAGAGUAUGUCCUCGUCAAAGAAAAAUAGAAACGAUUUAUACACAGGACAGAAGCACUGUCACACCCGCCGGCACAGAUAUAAUUUACAUUAGUUGUCAUACAUCGUAAAAACCAAAAUGACGGAUCCUCUCUUAAGGCGUAUUAGGGGUUUAUUUCAAAUUCGUCUAAUGCCAAUUCGUCCAAUUGCCAACUCGUCUACUGUCAUUUGGUCUACCAUCAGUUCGUCCACUCACCACAUAUGGUCUACUCUCAUUUAGUCUAAUGCCAUUCCGUAUAAUAUCCAGCUGGUCCAAUAGUCAUUUAGUCCAUUAACCAUUUGGUUUAAUUUGACUAAGUGUUGAGUUGUGCCAAAUGAAUGAAAAGAAGAUGGGUAUUAGACCAGCUGGUCAUAGACGAACUAGUGAUUAGACGAAGUGAUUAUUGGACCAAAAGAUUAUUGGACCAAAUGGUUGUUAGACGAAAUGUUGAUGGACGGAAUGGCAUAAGACUAAAUGAAGGUAGCCCAGGUGGUAAGUGGACGAGUUGGCAGUAGACGAAUUGGCAAUUAUAGAAACAUAAAAAUCACAUUCUGUUAAGACAUCAUUGCAAAGACUGGUGAUAAACUGUCAUGACUGUAGUACCUUCCCGAACUCUGAAUUGUUGAUGUUAUAAUAUCUGGUAUUCUUGAUGUUAUAAUAUUAGUGAAAUACGCUCAUUUUUGUGAACAUUAUCCAAUAUAGUAAUCCAAUUUACUUUUUUUAUAUUCGAUUACCAGCGGCUGUAGCUGGCUGCUUACUAUGUUACAUACAUUCUGUCAAUACUUGACCAUGCGUUUGCGGUGCAUUUAGCUUUUUCAAUGUAUACUAAAUCUAUUGUGCAUGGGCUAUAACUAAAUAUAACAUUGAUUACAAGAAAUGCCGUUCUUCUAUGGUUAUAAGACUGACCAUGGACGUUGGUCAUGUGCUAAUUAUAAGUAAUAGAUUAACUACACUAAACUAAAGACAGCAACCAGGAAAUCUCACUCCAUUACGCAAGGCGGAUCAAGAACAUAGAAAAUGUAUUGUAAAUGCCGUUCGUGACAUAGAAUAACCAAGAAGUCCUUGUCGAAAAUUGGUGAAUCAAAACGCCAGUUUCCUCCUGGACUCUGGACCGACGACACAUUUGCAAUAAUUCGUCAACUCCGAAAUUUAGCACGAAACUGCUGUUCCGGCUCACCAGUUUUCGACAAAGACCUCCCUGCUGUGCAUUGUCAUUUGGCGGGCAUUUCCAAUGCAUUAACAUGCUCUUGAAUCCGCCGGGUAUUGCGGGAGGGAACAUUCCUAUUUAAACAUGUUAAACGUUCUUACGUUCCGUUCUUAGUUUCUCUGGCGCCAUUAUUCAUUACGAUUUCUUCUUUUUAUCAAUACUUAUGAAUGUACAUGUAAAUAGUUUUACUUAAUCUUGAAAACAAGACAAUAAGAAUGAUGAUGUCGUGAUUUUUAUAGAUUGUAUUCCUAUUGUUAUUCAUUAUUAAUGUAAUGACGUAUUCAUACCACAAUGUACAUAUUUAAAAUCUAUUGUAUAUAACAUGUAUAAUGGAUGUGGAAAUCAGUAGUCUUGUGAACAUCAUAUAGAACAAGCAUUAUUAUCAUAUUGCCAUAGCUACACGACCAACGACGGAUGACAUUUCUUGCACUUUCCUUUUUAUUUUCGAUGAGAGACGUUUUAAAUUAAUGUUCAUGCAGAUAUUUAUUUUCCCACAGGUCAUCUUAAAUCUUGCCCUUAUUUUGAGCAUAUAAUUCACACCUUUUAGAAUAUCACAAAGAUUUUCACCACCUUUUUACCGAUGAUAAAGUACUCGGUACAGUCCUCAUGCCUUCAUGGGGAUAUGAACUAUAGAUUAAUGCAUUGGACCAGAUUUAUAAGUUGUGAUAGGCACAUAAGAUCGAAGAAUAAAUAUAUAAAUCGUGAAAAAGUAGUUUUACAUAAUUCUUUAGGUUAUAUAUGUCAUUGGUUAUAAUGUAGUUUUAUUUUAUUCAUAUCCUAAUUUUCUGAUUGUAUCAUGUUGAUGCGUUUAGACAUGUUUGCGCAUUAUUCAAAGUUAUGGGGAAGAACAGAUAGUUUCUUUGCAACAAUGCACAUACUGAUGGGGAAAACACAUCUUUAGUACCAUUAUAAUGGAAGAUGCACUUACCAUGUUAACAGCCCGCAAAGGCACCAUUAUUUUAGGGUAGAUGUGUUUUUUUGUAUCGUAUAGAGUUCGUGCAAAACAGUGUAUAUUAUCAGAUUACUAAUAGAAGUUGAGUUUUGGACUUCACAGGCAGCAAAUGCUUCACCAAAUACAUAUGUGAUUAAAGGUCAAGUCCACCUCAGAAAAAUGUUGAUUUGAAUCAACAGAGAAAAGUCAGACAAGCAUAAUGCUGAAAAUUUCAUCGAAUUUGGAUGUAAAAUAAGAAAGUUAUGACAUUUUAAAGUUUCGCUUAUUUUUCACCAAACAGUGAUAUGCACGAUUUGGUGAGUCAGUCGAUGAUGUCCUUCACUCACUUUUUCUUUUGUUUGUUAGUGUUUGAAUUAUACAAUAUUUCAUUUUUUUUAUAGAUUUGACAGUGAGGACCAACUUGACUGAACCAUAUAGUAUUGAACAUUGCUAAUUCCACAUGUUCAGGGAGGAAUUAAUCGUUGUAUCACUUGACAAUGAAGAGAAAAUUAGAAUAUUCAUAUUUCAUAUAAUAAGAUACAAAAGAAAUAGUGAGUGGAUGACAUCAUAGUUUCCUCAUUUGCAUACCAGCCAGGAUGUGCAUAAUAACUGUUUUGUGAAAUUAAGCGAAACUUUAAAAUGUCAUAAAUUUCUUAUUUUACCUCCGAUUUUGAUGAAAUUUUCAGUGUUAUGCUUGUUGGAUUUUUCUCUUUUUAUUCAAAUCAACUUUUGGUUGGGAUGGACUUGUCCUUUAAAUAUACAUACUUAUUUCAAAACACGUGAAAGGUGUUUCCUCCAUGAUGUGGAUAAUGCUCAGCACAACUGUCUUUAGAGUAGAAUGAAAAACAUUUCAUUUAAAUCGUUUUUGUCUGAAGUGAUCAAAGUGGAGUUAGCCCAUUUUGACAUAAACUCUUAAAAUAUAUGAUCAUUAUUGAAUUCAUGGAAAUCGUGUGGAAUGACAUUGUAAUCGAUUUUCCAAUCGGCGGAAAUACUGUUUGUAUGCUGGGGGAGAAAUUCCAUAUUGAGCAAUCAAUUGGGCUGGUUUCACUUACAAAAUAAAGCUUUAUACCAGCAACUG